GUCCUUAUAUCUGCUGCUAGAUCCAAUAUGGCGUCCAGUGGCACAAAAUUCGAGAGAAGAAGAAAAAGACCUUAYGAAAAUACAAAACAAAGSAKUCCAAAUAAGAAAAAGGUGGACGAAAAUUCCCCUGUGUUUGUAUUCUUCAAGGAAAUCCAGCAAGAGCUUGAUUCGCGUUAUGACAAGCACGAAAGAAUAGUAAAGUUAAGCAGAGAUGUGACCAUUCAUAGCAAGAGAAUUAUCUUCUUAUUACAACGUGUUGCUGGGGCCGAAAGCAAAGAUGAUAUACUGAAAGAAGCUGAACAGAAGCUGGUCGAAGUAAAGGAAUACUUAAAGGGUAUCGCUUUGGAGCUGGUGAACGAAGAUCCGUACAGAUUUGGAARAGCAUUUUCACCUGGGAUACAAGAAUACGUGGAAGCCCUCUCCUUGUACCAUUACAACAAACACCUUUGCUUAAUUUCUCACAAAGAAGUCCAAAAUGAGCUCCGAUUUUCUAUARGUGAAGAAAUGAUAGUGCUAAAUSUWAGCCCUUUUGAUUACGCUCUUGGRAUUGCGGAUUUGACUGGUGAAUUAAUGCGUCUCUGCUUGAAUUCUGCUGCCAAUGCUGACACUAACACACCCUUUGAGGUCUGUAAGUUCCUAAGAUCCAUCCAUGAUGAUUUUGUUGCACUGGGGAACAUCAACCGAGACGUUUCGUCUAAGCUUAGAGUGCUUAAUACCAGUUUACAUAAAGUAGAGAGAGCAUGUUAUAACUUGGAAGUGCGCGGAUCUGAAAUUCCCAAACAUAUGUUGGCUGACUUAGUAAGCUCUGCGGCUGAUGAUCAACAAAACASUAACAAUGAUAGUUCACUGSUGUUGUAAUUCAUUAAUCUAAUUUUGGUUAAAUAAUAAAGAAACUGAAGUUAAAAUACUCA